AUGUCAACGAAAGCUGAUAGCUUAGUAAGCGAACUAAGCGACAUGGAUUUAGAUCUGGAGUUAACGCCGCUGGGAAAUGAUGAUAUUAGCGUUCGUGUAAAUAGACGGUUCAAAAAACAAACAGACAAAGGACGGGCAUAUCAAAUCGAGAGGAAGAAAGAACAUUGUAAAUCCAUACAGAAGCGAAUAACCAAAAUAAUGAAGACGAUAGAAAGCUCCAUAACCGAGUGGGACAACGUGCACGAAGUUCAAAACGAUUUAGAAGUAUUCAGUCAACAACUUGUUGAAUUUCAAGCAGCUUAUGAAGCGUGGCGUGAUUUAUUAUCGGGACAAGAGCUCGUUCCGGUGACUGAUUGGUAUGACGAACAUUUUCGAAUAAUGAAUAAUUGUAAAGUCAAAAUAUUCGAUUGGAUUGCCGUGGCUAAAUACAAAAUAGAAGAACAAAUGGAUGACAAGUCAAGCGCCUUGAAAUCCUCAAUCGAGUCUCGUCGAUCGGCCGGUUCAAGACAUUCGAGUACGUCGGGCAGAGCUAGAGAAAGGGCAAAGGUCGCCGAGUUAAGAGCAAAAGCCGCGUUGUUAGAGAAAAAACAAGCACUUGAGAAUGAGUCGGAAAAAUUACGAUUACAAGAAGAACUUGCUAUUGCUCAAGCUCGAGAACAAGCCUUUAUUCAAAACGACAUUGAGUCAAAGCGGGAAGCUACAACCGAUGGGAUGAAUGAAUAUCUAGAGGAUACUCGUCCGGUGCCGAAAGAGAACUUAUUACACGAUCAAUUAACGAAGAAUAUACCCACUCCGCAGUUUUCUUCAACGAACAUUCCCCAACCAACUCCUGUCUCCGCGUUUCAUUCAAGAAGAGCCCAUCAAACUCCAGUUAGAUUGCCACAAUACUCGUCACCGCAUAUCAAAGACACCACCCCAUCACCUCGUCUGACAGCUCAACAACCUUUUACAGACUAUGCACAUGAGUGGAAACCACCACCAAGUGAAUACAGAAACAGAGUUACUUUGGAUAACGACCCCUUAAUAUACUUACUGGAAAAACAGAAUCGACUGACAGAAAUGCUCUCUGAACAACAUCAACAGAAUUUCUUGCCCUCACUUUCCCUGUCCAGUUUCAAAGGCGAUCCAACAGAGUAUCACCUUUUUAUACGUACAUUCGGGAUGCGAGUUGAAAGAAACGUCAAAUCAAGUGGAGCCCGUAUGCAAUAUCUACAACAAUAUCUGGAUGGAGAACCUAAAGACCUUAUAAAAGGAUGUCAUUAUAUGGAACCUGAUGCAGGCUACGUUGAAGCCAUGAAGUUAUUGAACGAGAAGUAUGGAGACCCAUAUAAGGUGUCAAAUGCAUACCUGAAGAAAGUGAACGAUUGGCCCACCUUAAGACCAGGAGACGACAACGCCUUGGAAAAAUUGGCGAUCUUUUUGACACAAUGCCUGAGCGCCAUGGAAUCUUUAUCAUAUCUCGUGACUUUGGACCACCCUAAUAACUUGCAAUGUUUGGUGAAGAAACUUCCCUUUUAUCAACAAGAACGUUGGCGUAGAGAAGUAACGAAGCUUAGAGAAAAAGGCAAAAACCCUGCCUUUAAACACUUUGUCAAUUUUGUCAAAACAGAAGCAAAGAUAGCGACCGAUCCGAUCUUCUCAAGACAAGCACUAGACAAGAUUGGUCAAGAUGACAAGAGUAAAUUCAAGAGAGGAUCGACUUCGAAGUUUACAAGUAAUGCAACAAUGAUGAAAGAAGAAUCGCCCAAUUCAUGCAUCGCUUGCAACGGCUUGCACGACUUAGACGAGUGUAAGGUGUACUUGAAGAAAUCGUUAUCUGAAAGAAGGGCUUUGAUAGCUAAAAGAGGAUUGUGUUACGCUUGUUACGGUUCUGGACAUAGAUCCCGUGGAUGUAUCCAGAGACGUUCUUGUAAAACUUGUUCAGGCCGACAUCCCACAGGAUUGCAUGAUGAGAACUUUCGCAUGAAGAACAAGAAUUCCAACAAACCACCAAAGGAUAUUGACAGAACUGAGGAUAGUAACUCUGACAAUCAGCGAAAAAGCUGCUCUUAUGCUGCCGCUCAUGAGGUUGUUUGUGAUGCUAGCAACGUGAAAUUCUCUAUUGAAUCAAUGCCUAUAGUUCCAGUUAGACUACGAAGUAACGACAAAGAAAUUAUUACCUACGCCAUGCUGGAUUCUUGUAGUACCGGUACUUUCAUUUCAGAAGAUGCAGUUAAACGACUCGAAGUAAAUGGAACGGACACUAAAGUGAUGAUUCGAACUAUGAAUGGUCCAAAAAUGCAUGAUACCAAGGUAGUGAAUGGUCUCGUAGUUUCUGACUUAGAUGGUGCCAGUUCAAUCACCCUCCCAAAGGUUUUCUCCCGAGAUGAAAUCCCUGGACGCAAGAGUGAAAUACCACGUCAAGAAUUGUGUCGUAAAUGGAAACACCUGGAGCGUGUCGUCGAGCAAGUUCACCCGUAUAUGGAAAACGUUAAGAUUGGUCUUCUCAUAGGAACAAACUGUCCACAGGCUAUUGAACCCAGAGAUUUUGUCGCCAGCAACAACGGAGGCCCCUUUGCAGUUCUAACUUUUGCGGGUUGGACUAUAGUUGGACCACUUUAUCUGUCUGACAACGAGAACGAAGUCGACUGCCACAGAAUAGUUGUUCAAGAGAUAGGAUCAGACAAGCCCUCCGAACAUCAUUUCAUGGUUGAAGAAUCCGUCAAAGAGUUGGUGACGCCUGAAUCAUUGAACAAAAUGUUCGAACUCGAGUUCAACGAAAGACAUUGCCAAAAGGAACAGUAUUCCCAAGAAGACAAGAGAUUCAUGGAAAAGAUUCAGCGAGAUACAGAGUAUGUGAAUGGCCAUUACGUAAUUCCACUUCCCUUCCGUGAUGAUAAUGUACAUAUGCCUUCGAAUAAAGAACAAGUUAUCCUAAGAGCUAA